CGCCAUUAACCCGGAAGUAGUUUCAAGGUCUUUGCUUAUGGAGGAAGUUUAGGUAACGUCGCUUAUCCAUAGUCAGCGUGAAAAUGGGUGUUAAAAUAGAGUUGUUUCGAAUGAUGCUGUAUCUCUCCUUUCCCGUGGCCAUGUUUUGGAUCUCAAACCAAGCAGAGUACUUUGAAGAAUAUAUAGUGAAGAGAAAGAGGGAAAUUUUCCCCCCUGACGAGGUCUCGCAGAGGAAAGAGUUGGAGGACUUCAAGGAGCGAAUGCGUGUUCGUAAGGAACAGCGACUAUUGAAGUCUGAGAACUGAAGAUUACAUUCUGCAGAAAAGGAUUUCCCAGUAGGAGUUCCUAUUAGCAAUGAUGUCGAACUGUUUGGCAGUGAGUUUUGGGGCCCAAGAAGACCAGUUGGACUGGAGUAUAGCCAUGUCAUGUUGGAAAUCUCUGCUAGAUUAACUCAUCCCAAAGGUGUGCUGGGCAAUAAUUAUUCAUGCCUAAUAAACUUAUUGUGCUUUUAUUUUCAUGCAGCUUUUUUCUCAUGGAAUUUUUCAAAUGUUAGAAUUGUUAUUUGAGCUGCUGUGAUUACACUGUCAUACACUGUCAAAAUAAAUAUUGAGCUGUAUGUCAGGUUAAAUCUAUUGUUGUAUUAUGAUUUAUUUACAAGGUGCAGUGCCUAAAGUGUUUUCACCUUGUUGUUGUGUUUUUGUUUUGUUUUGUUUUUUUAGUGUUUUUUACAACAUUGUAUUCCAGGAGAUGGAAUUAUGUCAUAGGUGUUCACACUGAUGAACAGAAAUAAAUAUUAAAUGUUAAACCAUUCUA